CCGCACCGCACCGCGGCGGACACGGCCUGCGGAGCGCCCGCGGGUGCGGGUCCCGGGUCCCAGUCCCUCCCCUUAGGCUUCCCCUGGCGCAGGAGGACAGGGUAGGGUCAGGCUGGACGGCAGGGGGCUGCGGAGGCGGACAGGUGCCAGGUCACAGCCACCUCGCUGCGCGGAGGAGGAGUUCCUCACUCGGAGGGUGGUGAGACAAGGGAACAGCUUGCCCGGAGAUGUGGUUGAGACCCCAUCCCUGGAGACAUUCAUCCCCAGACAGCCUGAUCCCCCUUAGAUCCCUUUAGAUCCCCUUCACCCGCUCUGCACCGUGGAGACUCACCAGUGACUGGGGAGUUCAUCCCGGUGCUUACUACAGUGCUGCUGUGGGAUUCCAGAAGCCUGCCAACUGCAGGCACAGGCUCUCCACUGGUCUUCUGCAAAAGAAGGGGAGGCAGCAUGAAGAGCUCUUUGUUGCUGUGCCUGGCCCUGGCUGGCUCCUUGGGGAUCGCCCUGGUGGCAGGCUAUCCGUGGGACUCUGAGGAUGAAGAAGCUGUGCUGGUCAAUAACAAGUGUCAGUGUGUGACAGUGACCUCCAAGUUUGUCCCCUCCAAAGAAAACCCUGACGAAGAAGUCCUGGAGAGAAACAUCCGCAUCCUAGUGCCCCUGAAGGCUCGAGAGAACAUCUCUGACCCCCUGUCCCCACUCAGAACCACUUUUGUCUACCGCAUGACUGAUCUCUGCAGAAAGUGCAACCCUGUAGAGAUUGAGCUGGGUGGUGAGAUAUACCAGGUCCAGCAGAGCACCUUCUGUGACGAGCCUGAGACCUGCUACACCUACAACAGGGACAAGUGCUACUCCUCAACCUUCCCCUUCCGCUACAAAGGCGAGACCAGGAGCAUCCAAGCAGCCCUGACUCCGACCUCCUGCUACGCCGAUUAGCCCCAUCCCUGCUGCACCAGAGCCUUGUUGCACUCAGUGUUCCCUCCCAAAACACCCCCAAAGCCCAGCAGUACCAGGCAGCAGCGUCCAAAACCCCAGCUCCCAACAUCAGGCCAACUUGCCUCUUCAUAUUGAUGUCAUCAGACUGGUGCCAUCUCCCAAAGCAGCUCCUGCUUGUCACCAGCUCCCUUCUCAUACCCCCAGCACACACCAGCAGUGCCAUUAUGGUCUCAGAUGUUCUCACCAGGCAGACCAGACCCUCAGCAGGUGGAGCUCAGUAAUCCCCUUGAGGCUAAGGGAACUACACCAAUUUGCAACACUGAGGAGUCUGUCUUUGUGGGGCAGUCAUCUGUGGGUCUUCAUCUAAGCAAGGCUGCCAUGGACAUCCCAGGAGUGUCCAAGUACUUCCCUCCCUAAAGCAAACUCCUGCACAGCCUUGACCCAAGACCCUCUGAUUACUUGUGCCAUUAUCAUAAGGCUGUGGUACCACCACCCUUGGGACAAAAGAUGAGGGAUGAGACCAAGAAUUCAAAGUUACUUUACAACUGGGCAUUCUGGAUUCUUCUGGCACUUUGGCACUUGCAAGCUUCUACUUUUCAUGCAGUUAAGAGAUCAAAAGAUGUUGCUACCCUGAAGUGUUUUGCGAAGCUGCCAGGACCUCAGCUGUGCCAGGAACAGCAAACUCUCCUAGGACAGCUCAGGUGCUUUCCCCUUCCCAUGCCUACUUACUGAUUCUGCUGCCUUCUUCCAACCCUGCUCCCCAUUCCUGUGAUUAAAAUAAUCAAGUUGGCUCAAA